AGCUCAGAGCCACUGAGAGAUAGUGAGAGGACUGCACUGGGGAAUAUCCGCCCAGGGAAUACAAUACAUUUUCAGCCCAUUAAGUUGGAUAAACAAAUGGCUUACUGUAGGAGAUGCUGAGAGUCAUGGACAUCAGCAGGACAACAUCAGGAGAAUCAAUAACUCCAGAGGGGCGGAGGAGGAGCGUUAAUGGGAUGCCAUGAAAUUCACUUGAAGACGCCAGCAGCUUUACCUCAACGCAACCCUUGUCUGGCUCUAAAUUGAUGUGGAGGACCAGCUGUGUAUGAGAGACUGGGCAAGAUGGGCAAUGCCAUGCGAGGUGUCAUCGCCUUCAUUCCCUCGGAGCGCUGUCAACGCUUCCUGGUGGGGGACCUAAAGGAGAUGCCACUCGAUCGGACCCUGGACCUCAGCAGCCGGCAGUUGCGUCGGCUGCCUGUUGCUGCCUGUGCGUUUAACGAACUGGUGAAGCUCUAUCUGAGUGACAAUAACCUCAGCAGCUUACCAGCUGAAGUGCAGGGUCUGAAGAAGCUGCAGCUCCUCGCCCUCGACUUUAACUGCUUUGAAGAACUCCCUGCAGCUGUUUGCAGGUUACCCCAGCUCAGCAUCCUUUACCUGGGUAACAACAGGCUUUGCAGCCUCCCAAGAGAACUGAGAGAGCUCAAGGAACUCAGUACUCUGUGGCUGGAGACUAAUUGCUUCACUGUUUUCCCCAAGGUGGUUUGUGAGCUCUCUAAUCUCAAGACCCUGCACCUCGGUUAUAACCAGAUACAGAGUGUACCAAAAGAGCUAAGAGGGCUUGAAGAGUUGAGAAGUAUCUGGCUUGCUGGAAACCAGCUGGCAGUGUUCCCACCAGUGUUGCUGGAAAUGCAAUUUCUAGCUGUCAUCGAUGUCGAUCGGAACAGAAUACGCUACUUCCCAGGCCUGUCUCACAUGCAGGGGUUGAAACUUGUCAUCUAUGAUCACAACCCCUGCAUUAAUGCCCCGGUAGUGGGCGAGGGAGUCAGAAGAGUCGGGCGCUGGGCGGACAGCUCAGAUGAUGAGCAGGAAGAUGAAGGGUCAAAAGCUAUGAGCGAGACUACAGCAGAGGUCACGGAGGUGCACACGGAGGAGGAGCAUAACAUUUAGGGUCAAAAAACAAAGUGACCUUCAGCCAUGGUGAGGCCCGGCAGGAGAGGAUGACGUUCAAGUGGAACACUUAAAGCCAAGUGGUGGGAUGUGUUAUACACCAGGCUGGUGGCAUUUGGACCAUAUAUGGCAAAACCAGUCGUAUGCCACAUUUUUAAAAUAAUGUGGCCUGUGUGAAAGGGAAAUUUUGAACUUUGUAAUAUAAAUUAUUUGACAUAUUUAUACUGAAAACUGUAUAAAAAGUUUGUAUCUGAUUUGAAUUUGUAAAACUGUAAAUGCCUUCAAUGAUUAGCUGCAGCAACAGUGACAUUGUAAAUUCCUAUUAAUGUCUGCCAGCAUCAGAUGUUUAAGUACAAACUAUUUCACAGUAUGUUGCAAAGCAAUGGUUCCCAGACAUUUUGCAUAGUUGAGGCCUCUGAAAAUCUUGAGUUGGCACACCAAAACCAAAAGAAAUUUCAGGAAUUCGAUUAUGCUGUAGUGUAUAGACAUGUUGAAAAUUACGUCAAUAUGGGAGUGAUAGAAUCACUUACUGAUACUAGUUUCUUAUUUUAAAAAUGAAUGUUAUUACUUAUCUGAUUGAUAGGUUAAUGCCGGUACAGCUAACAUUUGAGUUCCACAACAAUCAUGUUUUAAUGUGUUAACUAUACAUGUUAAGGUUGAGAUGCACCAAACUGACGUCAAAGAACUGGUGGUGACGAAAGCCCACUGUAGCGUCGCCCCAUGUUUGCCUGUGUCUCGGCCAAAAGGUUGCUAAUGAACACACCAAAAAAACUUUGACUGAUGGCCAACCAGUAAGUGUAUUUUGUGCUUGCAUGAGAGGAAAUAACUGUCUAUACCAGAAGACGAUGGUAGUCUGUAGACGUCAUUCAAAAAGGCAAACCGGAAGACUGUCAUUAGACUACUUAGCCAGUUAGCACAUUAACAACACAGCCCGAUGCUGAAAGAACGAAGUAUAUUUACCAUGCACCAGUGAACAAUAACACAAACCUUCAGGAAACAUUUCUGCUAAAAGGCUCAAUGACUAAGGAAAAACAGUUUUACCUCAUAUAGCAUUUGUUUCGAUCUAUCGCCCUCUUUACUAGCCGUUUGUUUAUUUUCCUCACCUCUGUUUCUCUUUUUGCGCGCCGAUCUGAAAUGACAAUCAGAGGGAUUUCAUUUACAAACAUGCUCCACCUUCUCCAACGCCAAUUCAACAUGCUGACUCGGCUGAAAAAAAGCCAACAAGAGCCAAUGAGGGCUGACGAGGGCCGAUGGUGCAGGACACACUGCAGCGACUAGGGCUACAGACACAUUCAGGAAUGGCUCACUGACCGACGGCCAACUGUCAGCUUGGUGUGUCCGAGCCUGUAGUUGAUUCAUUGUUCUUUAAAUAGGCUGGUUGUCCUGACAAAGACACAUAUACACUGAUUUGGAAGGAACAAAACAUAUACUGGGAACAGUCCCUCUAAAGUUUAAGAACACGUCAUAGAAGCCUCAAAUUAUUUUUACAAAAAGGGCCCAGUGGGAGGGGCCAGCACUGUGUCAAAGGGGCCCCCCUGGCCACCCCUUUGUGGUGCCAGUGUGAACAAGACAUGUAUCUUAGGAGAAUUUACUAAAUCAUAAAUGUAGGACCUGAGGGACGAAAUCUGUAAUGGAUGACUUAUAUUUCGACUUGAUAAACAUUAUAUGUGUGUUGCAGGAAAUUUUUCUUCUAAAAUGUGCAGUUGGUCAGCACGGCAGGGAUUAAGAAAAGAAAAUGAUUCAUUUCGCACAUUCUUGCUCCAGCAGAGUCUGAGAUAAUAUCAGUACCUGCUGAUGCUAAAUACAGUGAGGUUUUUAAUACAAGUGAUGGAUGGUUAUAAAUCAAUUAGUGCACUCCUUAUCCAGACCAAUGCAUAAUUCAUCUGAUAGAUUGGAGCUGCUGCGGCUUUGAAUAAAAGCUGCUAAUGGGUCUUAAAAUCAUUGUCAUAAGGUUCACAUUUGAAACAGAUCGUAAAUGCAGCGUUCUGAUUCUUCAGCAUACCAGGAAAAUGUUCUGUAAACAGGUUUAAAUGUCAUUCCACAAUGGAUUGUUUUAGACAUUUUCAAUGCUUUUUACCAAACCGCAGGAGCAGCGAUCAAAAAGGGCUGCACACCAGCCCGCUUACUGGAAAUGUAAUUUCAUACAGGAUGAACACACUGACCCACUGUAUUACAACAACUAUUUUACUGUGUUUAUAUAGAGGUUCAAUGAACACAUGAUGACAUCAUUCACUGAAAUGCCGUACAGCGAAUGUCAAGGAGGAUAAAUGACUAGAUUCUUUUAUACUGCCCUCUAACACACCAAAACCCAUAACUUCACUGAGCAUUUUUUAGUACUGCACAUUUCAAUACAAUUUCACCCCCGGUGUUACAAUAAACUGACUGCAGCUAAGGGCGUUGGAAAUGCAAAAACUUUGAUGACCCUGUUCUCAUUAACAUUUAGUUAAUGUCUCCCUUUAAUUGAUUUUCAUGAAUCUUAUAUCAUUCUUUGAUAAUUUGUCUUGGCUUUAACCCCAUGAUUUUUGGAGGACUUUAUCAGAACAAUAUAAAAACAUGUUACUGUGGGUACAUCACAUUCUAAUGUGUAAAAUGGAAAGACUUUAUCUAAAGUAUACACCUGGUGUUGAGAAAAAGAAAUCUGUUUGAUAUCUUCUUGAAUUUCCAGAAAUGACCAUUUUGAGGUAAGGUUUGUAUUAAAAGUACAGUUUUAAUAAAAGAACCAGGUGUAAUAAUGAACAUCUUCUUGUUUUGAAUAAAGUUUCAAAAUGCUCUCUGAUUCCAUCUAUUUUGCAAAAAUUGUAAAUCAUUACAAAAAUCUGCUCUUUUCAGUAAGGUAAAUUUCCCUUUUUCAUGUAUGUAAUCAAACACUUGCACAUAAAAGUUCUCAGAUUUGGGUCUCCAUAUCUCAUAUAGUAUACAAAAAUGACACAAAGUUGUUGUCAGACUUAAUGCAGUUUUUUUUGCUAACCCUACUUUAAAGCACAAAAAUGAUCAGAUGUUUCUAUGAUUUUGAUCAUUAGAGCUGGUUUAUUAUUUAACAGGGAUGUCACCCAGAUGUAUACGAGAGACAAUAAAGAAAGAGAAUUGCACCGCUGUAUGUUUAUUUAAUUAGUUCAACACAUAAAUAACACCUAUAACUGCAGGAGCAUUUGCAAGGAUAUUUUCCAUGACAGAACCCCAGAUGACAGAUUUUCAGAGCAUCAUAUUUAACAAUAUCUUUGGUACAGAAUCCUACAAUAACACAACUUGCACAAACUCUUAUGGAAACUUCCUUAAACCUUAAACUUCCCUGAAGUGGAGGUAACAUGCCUGGAAGCUGAGCUAUACUCCAAUAAUCCUGCAUCAACAUAACUUUAUUAACUCCAAAACCAGUAUUUCAAAACGUCUUCUUAUACUACUCCUUAAUGUUAAAAACAAACAUUUAAUUAACAGACUCAUAUUACUUAAAAGACACAUCUAAAAUAUAUUGGUGCUCUGUUGUUAGGAAAACACAAUAAAUACCAUUGCCCAAACAUUAAAUUGCAGUGUUAAAACUGCACUGUAACAGAUACUGAGAAAUGAUAAUGACAAAAUGGGCACCAAAUUUGUAAAAACACUGAAGCUUUAACUAAAUAUGCCAUGGCCGUUCAAUUUAAUCUAUUAAACUGAAGACAGAAUGUCAUUGUUUGCAAGAUGAAAAAUAAUACGUAACAAAUUCCUAAUGUUCCCUCAGGCUGGACCCUUUGCAUAUUUUUUUUUAUUAGAAACUUACAUUAGAAGCUAUACAAAGACACUUUUUGGGGCAAAUUUUCCAGAUCAAAUCAUUAUGAGUGAGCCUCUAUGAAAAAGUAUCACGAGACGUGUUUGUGCAUAACCUCUAAAAGGGUGUUAAACAUUCUUGGAAAUCAGAAAAAAACUAUUGAAAUUAGUUUCAAGUGCGUAGCAGAUACAUUCAAAGACAGAAUCCUGUCGCUGUCUGCUUGUAUUAUAAUGGAAGGACUGUCAGGAUGUGUGCAUUCAGCUAUUGCAGGCUCGCUGUGAUGUGAGAAAAUGUCAUCUUAAGUGCAGUAAACUGUAGACAGAUUCACCUGACAUUAAAAGGGUGUGUCAAAAUGGUGACUAACACUUGAUGGUAAUGCCACAUUCCUCUACGCAAAAAUGCUGGACAUGCCAAAGCUGGAAUGUAGUUUCUCCUGCUGUGGGCAUCAUCAAAACUAAGAUGGCAAAACAUAAGACUGUAAACUACAAGCAGUAGGAAAUAAGAAGAAGUUAGAGUUAAAAUGAGUAGGGAUGUCCCGAUGGGGUGGGAAGGACUGGUAUUGGGCUUGAUCAAUUGAUCAGGAUUGUUUUUUUGAGCAUGCGUCCCAUCCAAUCCUUUGUUUAUGUCUGCCAUCACACAGGUGUCGCAUACGGAGAGCAUGAUUAUUUUAAUGCUGCUACUCUAAUAGGUAGAAACUUAUUCUUUUCUUUUCAUGCUGAACUUAAGCUGCUACACCAC